AUGGAACACUCUUCAUUCGACCUCGAUACAACCGGGCAACUCUGCAUCGCCGCUCUUUACGCCGGCAUCACUUUGAUCGUUCGUGCUGCAUCUAAAGAGCCAUACUUUGUCUCAAGAAUCCUCGACGGCGGUGCCCUCGGGGUUAUCGUGCCUCACAUCAAGACGGUGCAAGAUGCGAGAGACGUCGUCGCAGCUGCCAAGUUCCAACCUGUCAUAGCUGCUACCGACGGUCCUCUUCUAUUGAGCGGAGCGACCAAGCGAGCCGGCGAAAUGGCGAGUCUGUCGGCGAGAAGUCGUGCGACGAACGGCUUAACGAAUGGACUCGGGAAUACGACCACGCCGUCAGCGUUGGCAGAGAAGCUGAAUGGUGUCAAAGUCGCUGUGGUCGAGCAGCUAUCAUAA